GGGACCCAGGCACUGUGUCCAUCCCCCCUGCCAUGUGGGAACUGCGGUCAGCCUCCUUCUGGAGGGCCAUAUUUGCUGAAUUCUUUGCUACCCUCUUCUAUGUCUUCUUUGGACUGGGGUCCUCACUGCGUUGGGCUCCUGGACCACUACAUGUCCUGCAGGUGGCUCUGGCCUUUGGCCUGGCCUUGGCUACACUGGUGCAGGCUGUGGGCCACAUCAGUGGAGCCCACGUCAACCCUGCAGUCACUUUUGCCUUCCUUGUGGGCUCCCAGAUGUCCCUGCUCCGUGCCUUCUGCUAUAUGGCAGCCCAGCUCCUGGGAGCCGUGGCGGGGGCCGCUGUGCUGUAUAGUGUUACCCCGCCUGCCGUCCGAGGAAACCUAGCACUCAACACGUUACACCCUGGGGUGAGUGUGGGCCAGGCCACCAUGGUGGAGAUCUUCCUGACACUCCAGUUCGUGCUCUGUAUCUUUGCCACAUAUGACGAGAGGCGGAAUGGCCGACUGGGCUCCGUGGCGCUGGCUGUUGGCUUCUCCCUUACCCUGGGGCACCUCUUUGGGAUGUAUUAUACUGGUGCAGGCAUGAAUCCUGCCCGCUCCUUCGCUCCUGCCAUUCUCACCCGGAACUUCACCAACCACUGGGUGUACUGGGUGGGACCAAUCAUUGGAGGGGGCCUGGGCAGCCUCCUCUACGACUUUCUCCUCUUCCCUCGGCUCAAGAGUGUUUCUGAGAGACUGUCUAUUCUCAAGGGUGCCAGACCCAGUGACCCUAAUGGACAACCAGAGGUCACAGGAGAACCUGUUGAACUGAAGACCCAGGCCCUGUAAAAGCUCCAGCUGGAGAGAGGGAGUAGAAAGCUUCUGGGUUUACGUGGAAGGGCUGAUCUAGUCUUCUGGAUGAAGAAAGAGACUGUGGGGAGGAGCAUGUACUUCUUUAUUUUUUAACUUAUGUGCGUGUUUUUUUUUUUCCCCUUUUGCUGUGUGAAAUCUUUCAAGUUGCAUUCA